AUGUUAAGUAUCUUCACUAUUCUCUGCCUAAGCCUUUGUUUCUUUUCUAAUGCGUUAAGCAUACAUGGCUCAAAGACACUGGUUGUAUUCGAUGACCGACUAACUCAGCUGGACGAGUUUUCCUAUCUUUUUGAUUCGUUAAAGGAACGCUCUUAUGAACUAGAAUACUUAUCAGUGGCUAAUGACUCUGGAGAAAUUGAACUAUAUGACGGUGAGACCCCACUGUACAACAAUCUUAUGAUCUUUCCAAUUAAGGGCAAGGUUUUGAACAGAAAACUUACCGUUGAUAGCCUCCUCAACUUUUAUAACAAUGAUGGCAAUAUUUUUGUCAUCACUUCUCCAGAUGGCGUCGCUGAACCCGCUCGUAUGUUUCUGAAUGAAUUGGGUAUAUAUCCCAGCCCCAAAGAUCAUGUAGUUGUUGAUUAUUUUCAAGAAGUUCCUUCCUCCCUGGUAAUUUCUACUUCUGGCAUUGAGAGCAAAGACAUCUUUGAGGAUAUUGUGAACGAUUCUAUCAUUAUCGAAAAUAGCUCCGCUGCUUUGCUCGAUAAUCGUGACCAGAUAAUUCCAUUUAUAGCAGCCCCAAGAACCUCUUUUACGGAGGGCAAAGGAAAAGAAUCUUGGACAACAGGCUCUCAGGGAUUUCUCGCAGCUGGUUUUCAAUCUUUGAAGAAUAGUCGUGUCGCUUGGAUAGGAAGUGACGAGUUUCUUAAGAACGAAAAUCAAAACAGUAAUGGUAAAUUCAUUCAAGGAGUAGUUAAGUGGAACUUUAAGGAGAAAAAUGUUAUCAAGAUAACCGAGAGCGUACACUCCCAUGCCGAUGGUACUCCAUAUGAACUCCUCCCAUAUAAAAUUAAAGAUUCUGUAAGAUACGAUGUCGGGAUAUCAGAAUGGGACGGUGAAAAGUGGGUUCCAUUUUUAGCAACCGAUCUUCAAUUUGAGCUAAAAAUGAUUGAUCCUUAUUAUAGAUUACCUCUUAUCCCCUUGAACGUCGAUGAAUCUACACAAUACUAUUCUACAGGCAACUUUUCUCUUCCAGAUCACCAUGGGGUUUUUACGUUUCAGAUCGAUUAUAAGCGCCCCGGGUUUUCCUUCAUUUCAACAUCGGAUGUCAAAGCUGUUCGCCACCUAGCUCAUGAUGAAUAUCUAAGAAGCUGGGAUAUAACCAACUCAAGGGUAUAUUUAACGACCGUUUUUGUGUUGAUCUUUGUUUGGGUAUUGUUCGUUAUUUUCUUCAUUUCCACAACACCUGUGAAUAAAACGAUGGAGAUUCACAAGAAGACUAAUUAA